AUGGAUGUCAGUUCUGUGUUGGAAAUAUUUGUUGAGGCAGGUGUGGUCAUGACUGCGGCGGUGCGGUGUGAGCGUGGCGGGAAAGCUUAUCGUCUCGGUUACUCGCCUUUGCGGGGACGCGAUGCUGAACCAGCGGCCACCACCUCAAUCCUUCCAGUCAGCACCGCCGCCGCCGCCGCCGCCGCCAGCGUUCCAACAGCAGGCGCCCCUCCCCUCCACCCCACCCCGUCUCCCCAGCAAGUCUUCCAGUCCCAGCCAGCCUCGCGUCCCCAGCAACAAGUGUUCCAGCCCCCUCCUACGCCCCAGCCCGCGCCCAGACCUCCACAGACUCAGCGUCCCUUCGUGCCGUCUCCUCCUGACCUGGCCAACUUCGGCGCGCUUCGUCCAGACAGUAUCCUGAACUCCCCAUCACCGCAGCAGCCAUCCCACGGCCGGCCUCGUCCCUCUCCCCAGCAAUCCUUCCCGUCCCAAGGCUUCCCUGCGCCACUCCCGGACCUCAGCGACAAUAAUAUCAUCGGCAUGACACCACCGCCGCCGCCGCCGCCCCGGGCAAGGCCGCAGCUCACCACCACAAGGCCCAGACCACCCCAGUCCCCUCCCCAGCCACGGCCCCAGCAACGGCCCCAGCAACGGCCCCAGCCCCAGCCCCAGCCCCAGCCGCCGCGAGCACCUCCCCCACGGCUGCCGACCACCGCCCUGCCGCAGCGUCCCUUCACCUCGCCUCAGUCUAACUCCGUGGACGAGCUGCUGGCGAACCCCGUGCCUGCGGUCAACGCCGGAGUGCUGCCACUCGCCAACGAGAAGCCCCAGCAGCCACAGCUCUUCCCGCCACUCGUCAGCAUACGUUGAUACACACUCUUGCCCGCGACGCAACUCACGUUCAUUAAAUCCUGACCCUGUUGGUUUUGUCCCGUCCGUUCACCCUGUUUUGUGUUCUUUACUUUCUUCCGAAGCUGCUUCGUGAUUGUGUCCAUGUUAUUCUGCGCAUGUAAAUAUAAAAAGAAACAGGUUUCAUACAUACAAUCAUACAGACUCAGCCUGGGUAUGUGAAACACACACUCUUCUCUAUUUACAUAAUGCAUACAUGACAACCAUUCCUUUCGGCACGACGCUUCACAUAACACUUGACACCCACGCUAAAAAAAACAUCCCUCCCACUGUCUUUACUCUCACACACGGACGCGCCUCUCAUCAAUAACUUAUUAUUGAAGCCCUCCUCAGUGGUGGAGACACCCGCUCACCAAUACCACGGCUUAGCGGCAACUUGGGCGUGUGCAGUUGCCCUUCCCCUGCCGCUGCUUCCCUGCCGUGGAGCAGGUGGAAGCAGCGAGUCAAGGGGAGGCGGUGCUGCGGAAAACAAGUCACGCGAGAUUGCUUCAUCCCAGCCGCACGUUACCCUCCUCUUGCCUGAUGCUUUCUAGUGUUAAGGUCUUCAAGCAGCGGCGGCGACAAGCGAAACCAUGUCUAGUAGGAUUCAUACAGUGCUCAACUCGCUUCCUUUGAGCUUUUGGUAUGAGAGUAUAUAAAAUUCUCGAACGUUUCAGCGCCGUAUCUCUUCUAUUUUAAUGGUUAUAGUGAACGUUCACCUUUUUCACUGCAAUUCGAAACAAUUAACAGUACCAGAAGUAAUACAUGAAAUUAUAACAAGCAACUACAAGAAACAAUAGGGUUAAAAAUGGUAACUUUGCCAUUUCUACAGUGUUUCAAGAUUGGAAGUGCCAUGGCAGUAGGACAAAUAAUGAUGUCUCAGAGUGAUUAGUUAUUAAGGAAAGAUGUAUCAAAUAAUAGUCAAGAGGUUAAUAAUUGAGUUUUCAAGAGUGUCUCCAUGAUUGCAGUGGUAGUUAAACAAGAACACUAUAUUGACAAUGAGAAAACACUUGACAUAAACCGAUUGAUCACCUGUGGCCUUUGAAAAAUAGUCCUAGUGUGUCCUGACAGACUCUCAUGUGGAUGUUUAUUAUAACUUUCACGACUUUUCCUCUCAAGUUUAGAUUAAAUAGUCGGGGUUUUCAUGGGAGUUGUUCUAUAGGUGAUGCAGAAUCAUUGUUACACUAUCAAUACAGCUGUAAAAACACUUAUGAAAACCCCCAAUAACUUCCACUACAGCCUGUUGAAAAUAAGAGACAAGCUGAUAUUCUGAAAUUCUUUGUUCUCUCAUUUCACGACUAUUUUUCAAAGUCCCAGAGAUCAUUAGCCAACUCCUCAAGAGCGUUUCCUGGUAAAUAAAACAAAAAGCUGUUAAUCUGUCCUAAAAAACACACUUUAAAGCACAAGUAACUUCAACUAGAGCUUUUUGAAUGUAGUGGAGGUGCGGCGUCAAGGUAUUUCAAAUGAUGGUGCCCCAACAUGACAAAAUUUUGAAGUUGAGAGAAAACGGGAAGAAAUGGAAGGAAGUGUAUUAGUUUACUUGACUUCUAACCACGAGUGUACAGAUAGAUAGAUGUAUUGCUGCCGCUGCUUGCCACGCCAUCCUGUACAUAUACUGACAGCUUGUGAUAUCUUGAGUUACAUUACCAUUAUCAUUAGUAUCAUCGUUAUUAUAUUUUUGUAAUGCCGUUUGGUUGGAGAAAUCUACCUGCCUGCCUGUUUGUCUGUCUAUCUGUCUGUCUGUCUGUUUCAUUUCUUAGGUAUAUCAUUAUAGUGCUGUAACGUAAUGAACACAUAAAGAUGCCAUGGAAUAAAGGAAAUACAAGAAAGAAGAAAUGAGAGACAUUUGAAUAAGAAACAAUAAAAAGAAAGAGACGGAGAGAAACAAAGGAGUAAAAGUGAACAAGAGGAAAAAAUAAGCAAGGAGAAAAUAA